UGACACGUCUGGGUGUAUGUCAGUUAAAUGCCCGUUGUUGUUGUACCCGAUCGAAACAUCGAAACGAUUAAUUGCUAGGGUGACUUCUGAAAUUCUCAAGACAUAAUGGAUGGAGAGGAUUUUGAUUGGAAACCUCCUAGUGAGGCGGAGAUGAAAGUACUCCAAGCUAGAAGAGAGCGUUCAGACAAGAUUAGUAAGCUGAUGGGAGACUACCUACUUAAGGGUUAUCGAAUGCUUGGAUCCUGCUGUUCAACAUGUGGGACUAUUUUACUGCGUGAUCGUCAACAACAGGAUUACUGUGUGGCUUGCAGUGAGUUGGAUACAGAUCUAGCCAAAGAUGAUCCAGCUGUGAGUGCCAGCGCCGCUAAAUCACAAGUGGAAGAACACGAACUGUGCGCAGCCUCAGCAGCAGCAGCCAAUCAGGGUCAAGAAUCUAACCCAUCAGCCAAUAGCAACAACCAAGAGCCCCAUGUGACUCCACCUGGUAAACGUCUCAGAAACACCUCCCCAACCUCACGAUCAUCAACACAUCACCACACGAGGGCCUCCAGAUCCAUCCCGACCAAUCAGACGGCAUGUGGAGGUCUCACGUUCGUAGACUCCAAAGAUGACGUAAAUCAUCGAUAUCAUCGAUAUGAGAAUCACCUCCCGGGGAAAAUUCUAGAUCUUCCAUCCAGUUCUCCGGACAUUGUUCCUGAAUCAAUGGAAGUCGUUAUGGGUAAAAUAUACUGGGCUAGCCAACAGCUAAAAGGUACCACGUCGAUAGAAGCAAGCACCAGUCUCUGUACAUUAAUUAAAGCAUGUGCUGAUGCUAUGACCUCGUUAAGGUACUUAGUCCCGGGUGAGCUGACAGAUUAGACAAUUAGACAAUUAGUGAUUGUGUAAUUGACCUAUAAUAUCUAAUCCAGGUCAUGCUAAGCAAUUACUAUGUUCUUCCUGAUUGCAACAACAUUCUGGUAAUUGCUUGUUCCAAUUUUAAUUGGAUAAAAACCAGACUUUGUAGAAUGAGACACCUGUGCGAGACAAACAAGUUAAAGGGACAUAUUGCCUUGGAUCGGGCGAGUACUCGGUAUUCCUUUUACGCUGUGAACUAACACGGCACGUCAUUUUGCGGAGUCAAAUGUUGUGUAGUCAAUUUUUGACUCUACAAAAUGACCAACCCUGUUAGUUCGCAAAGUGCGAGGAAAACCGUGCAAUUUCGAGAGCAUACUGUCUUUCAGUGGAUCAUUGUAUUUUAGUUUAGAACAUUUUUAUAAUAUGCAGGACGGUUGUUUUCAGAACUGAGAAUUCUCCUGAAAAAUCUGAGAAAUCUACUCCGCGAUAGUAGAAUAUAUAUAACUUA